UCCUGGCAGCCUGGUUGCUUGACUCUUGCCUAGUAGCUAAGCGAUGCUUCCGCCCAAGUGGAGCUCCUUUGAGAACCCCAACGAUGCGCGCUGCGCGUGGCUGGUGUGGUUCUUGCUGCUGGCGGUGUUCUGUGGUUACGUGGCCUUGGCCACGCUCAGCUUGCGCACGGAGCUACAAACUGCGGAUCAGACGGAAUUCUAUGAUGCUGUGCUUCCUCUACCAGCAUAUUCCAUGGACGUCUGCCAGAUGGCGGCACUGUCCAAGCGCUUGAACUAUUCAGUGAUUGACCACAUCCAAAUGCGCUUCCGGUUCGAGUACUGGGUGAACGGCAGUGAGGUGAUUGUCAAGAAGCAGAUCUCCUCUCCGGAGGCCAAGGCGUAUCAGAUCUCCGAGGAGUUUCAGUGCCGGCGCUUCUCUGCCGGCACCAGGCUGCCGCAGGCCGCCGAGUCCCCCUACAUGGGCAUCGACCUGCGUGUGGAGGGCGAGGUGCCAGCGCAAAUGCUGAGCUACAAUGGUACCUUUGUGGAUGGUGUCUUCCUGCGCCCGUCACUGGCCGAGGACCCGACCAACAAGCAUGCCGUCCAAGAAGAGCGGAUCUCCACGUUUCUCAUCCCCGUGGUGAACUCCACCGGCAAGCGCAGGAUCAUCGUCACCCAGCGCUACGCUUUCGCCUCCUGGAGCGAUUCCCUGGGCGGUCGCCGCGGCGCGCCCUGCAACGACACCUUCUUCUUCUCAGGCACAACCAUGCUGCCUGAAUCCUAUAACGUUGCGAUUGAGACGACGACCAACGACACCGCCGAGCGAUGGCCACUGAAGCUGGCAAUGCCCGGGACGCACAGCGUGCAGGUCUACCGCUUCGUAAACGACAUCUGGCAUGCACACCUGCACGCCGAUGGCCCGCUUCCGGCUGAGGGAAACGCUGCUCGAUUGGUUCGGCCGCGUGGCGGCUGCCACUGCCAUCUUCCGGAUUCUGGCGGUUCUCUUCCCGCUGGUUCAGGAGGAAAAGUACAAGUUGCUUUUCCAGCUGCCUGCUCUAGGCUUAGGCGUCGCUGAGACCGCGCCUUUGCUUCCGAAGUCUGAGACUUCAAGCCAAACCGUCUGAUCGCUCCGCGCGCAGAGCAGCGAAUGCGCGCGAAUGUGCCCGACCUGCACGACGGCGGGAA